UUAAGAGCAUAGAGUGAAGACCCCAGAAGAUGCUGCUGCUUCUGCUUGCCUGUCUCUUGCCUGCCAUCAAUGGGAAGAGCUGCUUCCACUGCUGGCCACAACUGCCUGCAUUGAUAGACUAUGACCUACAGAUUCUAUGGGGCUCCCCAGGACCACCCAGAGAUCUCUCCCAAAGCAUCCACUCCCUAUUCCUGAAGAAGGAUUAUGUUUUCCCAGAACCCUGGUAUCUUGAUCAUGCCCAUAUGGAGGAAGCAACAGCCAAAUUAUUCAAUCACAUAGAUGAAGCCAUUAAGAAGUUUCGAGAUGAUAAACCAUCACUUCUGAGAGAGAUUAAUGUUCAGAAACAGGUGUUUACUAACAGGCUGAAUGAGACGUCUAAGAAGCUGAAGGAGAAGGGUGAGCGGUGGAGAUGGCCCCUGCCCACCACCCAGCCCUUCACCUUUCACAAGACUGAGAACAGAGCCCAGUCUGCAGCCCCUCCAAUGUCCCUCCCCAGGAAUCCCCAUUUGCCUACAUACUGGGCGCCUGUCCACACCUUCUCCAAGUUCCCUUUCUUGAUGAUACUCCAACCCUUUGUGGCUCUGUCUGCCUCCCCCAGCACUUCAGUUUCUCUAUCAUCUCACCCUCCUGGGCAGCUUGUAACAAGUCUUGUGAACUCCACCCCACAUUGGAGGUCAUCAACUGUGCCAGCUGCAAGACACACCUUCUUACCUGCAAAGACCCAACUCUCUGCCCAGCCAGGAGCCGGAGAAUCCUCGCAUGGUUUGUGAGCCUUGGCAUUAUUCUGCUUCUGGCAGCCAUAGCUGGAAGUGGAUGGUACAUUUUCUGGCAUGGGAAGAGGAAGAAGGAAGCUGAAAAG